CUAUCUAAUAUUAUUUUAUCUUCAGAGUUUGUCUAAAAUUAACUAAAGGCAAUAAUAUUAUUAACUCAAUUGACCUUCAGGGAAGCUCCGAUUAGCGAUCGCCGGGCACAAAGGGAAACUUUUGGGAUGAGUACGUCUAAAGGAAAAUUUCAGCUUAUCUCCUCCUCCGCUCUGAUCUCCGGCAUGUUCGGCUUAAGCAAUCAGGAAGCCGAGGGAAGUCUUGCAGCAGACGAGGAUGCAGAGACACAGAAAAGUGCGUGGAAGAAGACGCUUAUUAGUAAGCUGGGGAAUGUACAUCAGAGAGAAUACUUGAGCAUCUAUGGCCGCGGAAGAAAGAAAAAAAUAAGAGGGGAUUAUUGCAUCUACAGAGUUCCAGAUAAACUUCGAAAAGUCAAGGAGGAUGCCUACCUCCCUGGCGUUGUCUCAAUCGGACCAUUACAUCAAGACAAGCAGAAUCUGGCACCCAUGGUCCAAUACAAAUGGUCUUACUUGGUAUCCUUUCUUGAUCAGCAACCAAAAGAUGCUGAACCAAAACAUUCUAGAAAAUGCGCUACAAAAUGCUUGAAAGAGUGCAUCGAUGCUAUUCAUGGUUUAGAUGAAGUAAUUCGCCAGUGCUAUACUGAAAAGAACAACUACACAGAGUAUGAGCUUGCAGAAAUAAUGUUACUUGAUGGUUGCUUCAUAUUGGAACUUUUCCUUAGGUUCGACCGCAACUUAAAUUAUAUGAAGCAAGAAGAUCUCAAUUCUGAUCCAGUAUUGAGAAGUGCUUGGAUGACUGCAGCUCUUCAGCAUGAUCUGGCAUUACUGGAAAACCAGAUCCCCUUUUUUAUUCUCGAACUUUUGUAUGAUACAAUCAAGCCUUAUGUCACCAAGUGCAAACCACCAGACUUGGUGGCUAGCCUUGCUCUUAACUUCUUCCACCCUUUGAGCCAAAAGAAGUUCAUCAACGAAGAGCCCGAGGGCACAGGGUUCAAGCAUUUGCUAGAUCUCUUGCACAAAUUCUAUUUCCACCCAUCUGGUGGUCACUUGUCAAUCCCGGUGGAAUCCAUUUCCGGGAAUGAACAUCGUGCCGGAGGUGCAGUGCAAGAAGUAAUUUCAUGCCUUGUCAGGAAAAUAACAAGAGGAAAGCAGACUCCAUGCCUUCCUCGUCAUCAUCCACGCGAUCCAAAAGGUGAUGAAAAGUGGGGCUUCAAGUAUUGCGCUUCAGAUCUUUUGGAGUCUGGAAUCGAGCUUCAAGUUGGGUCAAGUAUGCAGGACACUUUGUUGGAAAUAACUUUCAGGCGUGGUGUAAUUAUAAUUCCCCAAGUGCGGAUUUACGAGACAACCAGCUCACUCUUGAGGAACCUGAUUGCUUAUGAGCAAUGUAGUCUUAGCAGUACGCAUAGCGUUACAUCAUAUGCCUUCCUCUUGAAGAGUCUCAUCGGUUCCUCACGGGACAUCAACCUGCUCCGGACAAGAAAUAUCAUAGAGCAAAAUAAUCGGAUGGGAGACAAAGAAUAUUUUGCUCAAUUCGAAAGCAUUCUAGAUCAAGUUGCUAUGAAGGACGACUUCUGCUUUGGUGCUUUGUUCGACCAAGUGAAUAAAUACCGUACGUCCUGGUAUAGUUUGAGCAGACUUCGAGUAUUUUUGUCGGUGCAAUGUCAAAGACAAAAAAGAAUCCUUUGCACCACAUAUUUCUCUACUACAUGGAAAGUCAUAUCACUCAUGGCUGGAAUUUUCCUUCUCCUCCUCACUUCCAUACAGACAUACUACACAAUUCACCCUCGCUGACACUUUUUAGUUAAUUCUUACCUCUCUUUUUUUUCUUUCUUUUUUUGUGUUUCUUACUAAAAAUUAGGGUUCCGUUGCGCAGUUGGACCAUC